AUGAGAUCACAGGGAUUACCAAACUCUGUAAUGAGUUCAUUGAGGGCAUCCAUCAUUUGGCUGGAAUGUUGUGGAGGUGGAAUGGUAGAUCGAAAUUGGAGAGAUGGUUUUGAAAUUUAUUUUAUAAAGAGAAAUCUUCCAAACUAUCUCCAAUUUAAAUGA